UGAACAAUCAAUCGUUGUUGGAACUGCACCCUAAUAUAUAAGCUAGGGAUGUAACUCGUGCAAGCUCAAGGUGACGUACGUACAUAGGUGACCGACUAACUACUAGUUUUUUUUGGCCUGUUGAGGCUCUGUGACCGAAUAGAUACUGCCUAAAAGAGAGUGUUAUUGAUGUUUCUCUAGACCGGUGAUGAACUCGCAAAUACUCCAACCAUAUGCUUGUUGGGUGAGAUUGCGUUGCGCCGUAUCUCGUGCGUCGAUAAUGGGGCCAAUCAGGUUAGGCGGGGGGCUUUGCAGACCGGUGUUCAUGCGGGUGUUAUGUGCUUCCGCGUCCGUGGGUAACUUGGUAGUGUUGUUAUACGACACAUCGUAAUCCUUCGGAGCACUCGGACGAGUGUAGCUGACUGCUCGAAGGUUAGCAUGAGAAUUUCAUGGAUAUCUAUGUCAUGGGCAUAUCCUCUGAAGUUCGACUUUGCCUUCUUCAGAAUCAUUGUUUCAGCGUUUAAAUUCUGACGGCAAGAUGACUUCGGCUGGAGCGAGUAUUCAGACCACAAUUGAUUUCAUUGCUGAUCUACCAGCCCACGGAGAAGAGAAACCCUUCUUCCUUCAUCCUUCGGCGUCUAUCGAUGUUGAACUUGACGAGAUUAGAACCACUAAUGUUGAGUGGGACACAAAACCAGUGACCGCAUAUAGCAUGCGAGACAAUGCCGAUAUUAGUCUAGAAAGAAGUGGAUUUUGCUAUAUUGAACAUGACUCCGAAUUCAUUUCGAGUCUUGGUAUGGACACUAACCUGAUCAGAAAGUAUCGCAAGGAGGGCGAAGAUUUGUUACGUUCUAUGUUCAAAGCUGAAUUUGUUCAUUGUUAUGACUGUAAAAUACGAAAGAACGCGCCAAUGACACUUGAGAAUUAUGAUCCAAAAGAUCCACUCCUCGUAGAGCAAGCUGCCGUAGGAGCACAUGUUUAUAUUUCUCUUGACACUGUACCCCGGCUUCUAAAAAGCAUCCUCAACGAGGAGCAAAUGCAGACUUUCUUCCAGCCCGGUUACCGUUUUAGAUUGAUUAAUACUUGGCGCUCGACCUUGGCGGUGUGUGAGGACCGCCCUCUUGCGAUGUGCGACUAUACCUCUAUCGAUGUCGAUGAUCUUGUUGCAACGGAUAGAAUAUAUCCAAACUGGAGUCAAGAGAUUUACUACUUGAAGCAUAAUGAGCAGCAACGAUGGUACUGGUUACCUAACCAAAGAUCCAACGAGCUCUUCCUAUUCAUGACUUUCGAUAGUCAUUCGGGAUCUAAUGCUAGAUAUUGCCCACACGUAUCUGUGGAGAACCCGAUGGCAACCCCUCAAGCGCCUCCACGGGAAAGUGUUGAGACACGGAAUCUGAUUAUUACGAAGUUACCUGGGGAUUCUUAGGCGGACUUUCCCCACGGACUUUGUAAUUUCGUAACACAGAGGAGGAUACGCUGACUUGACGUUUGAAAUAACAUUGUACCCCAAAUUUAUUAGUUGAACUCUUAUAUCAUUAUCAUUUCUUUCCAUAUUCUCACCUACAUAUGCUACGCACCAUGGGC